GUUUCCGCCGGGACUUGGGCGGUUAGUGAGCAUCAUGGCAACCGCGGCCACAACCAAGGUCCCAGAGAUCCGAGAUGUGACCAGGAUUGAGCGCAUUGGUGCUCACUCCCACAUCCGGGGGCUGGGGCUGGACGACGCCUUGGAGCCCCGGCAGGCCUCCCAGGGCAUGGUGGGCCAGCUGGCAGCCCGGCGGGCAGCGGGCGUGGUGCUGGAGAUGAUCCGAGAAGGGAAGAUUGCUGGCCGGGCGGUCCUCAUCGCUGGGCAGCCUGGCACAGGGAAGACAGCCAUCGCCAUGGGUAUGGCCCAGGCACUGGGCCCUGACACCCCCUUCACGGCCAUUGCGGGCAGCGAGAUCUUCUCCUUGGAGAUGAGCAGGACCGAGGCUCUGACACAGGCCUUCCGGAGGUCCAUCGGCGUGCGCAUCAAGGAGGAGACCGAGAUCAUCGAAGGGGAGGUGGUGGAGAUCCAGAUCGACCGGCCAGCCACGGGCACGGGCUCCAAAGUGGGCAAGCUGACGCUCAAGACCACAGAGAUGGAGACCAUCUAUGACCUGGGCACCAAGAUGAUCGAGUCCCUGACCAAGGACAAGGUCCAGGCCGGGGACGUGAUCACUAUUGACAAGGCCACAGGCAAGAUCUCCAAGCUGGGCCGCUCCUUCACCCGGGCGCGAGACUAUGACGCCAUGGGCUCCCAGACCAAGUUCGUACAGUGCCCGGACGGCGAGCUUCAGAAGCGCAAGGAGGUGGUGCACACUGUGUCCCUGCACGAGAUCGACGUCAUCAACUCACGCACACAGGGCUUCCUGGCGCUCUUCUCUGGCGACACGGGAGAGAUCAAGUCUGAAGUGCGUGAACAGAUCAACGCCAAAGUGGCCGAGUGGCGUGAGGAGGGCAAGGCGGAGAUCAUUCCCGGGGUGCUGUUCAUCGACGAGGUGCACAUGCUGGACAUCGAGAGCUUCUCCUUCCUCAACCGAGCGCUGGAGAGCGACAUGGCGCCCGUCCUCAUCAUGGCCACCAACCGUGGCAUCACCCGCAUCCGAGGCACCAGCUACCAGAGCCCGCAUGGCAUCCCCAUCGACCUCCUGGACCGCUUGCUGAUCGUCUCCACCGCCCCCUACAGCGAGAAGGACACAAAGCAGAUCCUGCGCAUCCGGUGUGAGGAGGAGGACGUGGAGAUG